UAGCGGUGGGGUAACACGGCGCGGUAUCGCGAGAGCCGCGUGCAGCGACCGCAGCGCUGGAUGGAUGGCGCCGGUGGGGGCUGGAUGCGCCCACGGCUCGCCCUCUCUCCCGUUAAAUCACACGGUAGGACACGCGAGCGGACGGAGACUGGCGGCGACAGCAGCAGCCGGGGCGAAGUGAGAGACGAGAAGAAAGCGGCGAAGGAGUCCCCCACAUGGGAGCGGCGGCGCCGUCUAAUCCACUUUUAUCUGACAGAAUCUGCCAAAGGACGCUUUGGAAACGCUCUCAUGUCUUCAAACACAAACCGCUAAAUCUGAGGAGCUAAAAACAGAAAGACAAAAAAGCCAACCGCUGGCUCUCGCGAGUGGACAGAUUUUAAGCGAAAAACACGGCUGGAGAGCGGGGGAGGGUUGUAUGGGUGCCAAAUCCCCGUCCAAGACUCGCCACGUCUCCACAACCCACGGCCGCCGCCGCCGCCUUCCUCUUCCUCCGCCGGCUCCCGUCGCCUUCUCCUCCACGCGUCCCUCAUUCUCCCACGCUCUCUCCCAUGGGAGUGACAUAGCGGCCGUCGCUCGGUCUGCCGCCCCGGAAACAGGGGCGUCCAGGUAGUGAUGUCGUGGAAGAGGAACUACUUUGCGUCCGGCGGCGGAGCGGCGGGCGGGGCGCAGGGGCUGGUGACCCCCAGAACCAUGACCUCCAUCGCCCCCAGCAAAGGCCUGAGCAACGAGCCGGGACAGAACAGCUGCUUCCUCAACAGUGCUCUGCAGGUUUUGUGGCACCUCGACAUCUUCCGCAGGAGCUUUCGACAGCUGACCACUCACAAGUGCAUGGAGGACUCGUGCAUCUUUUGCGCUUUGAAGAGUAUCUUCGCUCAGUUCCAGUUCAGCAGCGAGCGCGUCCUGCCGUCGGAUGCACUGCGGAGCGCCAUGGCCAAGACUUUCCAGGACGAGCAACGCUUCCAGCUGGGCAUCAUGGACGACGCGGCCGAGUGCUUCGAGAAUCUCCUGAUGCGGAUCCACUUCCACAUCAGCGCGGAGAGCAGGGAGGACAUCUGCACGGCCAAACACUGCAUCCCGCACCAGAAGUUCGCCAUGACUCUGUUUGAACAGUGUGUGUGUAACAGCUGUGGAGCCACAUCAGACCCCUUACCCUUCAUUCAGAUGGUUCAUUACAUCUCCACUACAUCCCUCUGUAACCAGGCAGUGAGGAUGCUGGAGUGCAGAGAAAAACCCACACCGGACAUGUUUGGAGAACUGCUCCGCAACGCCAGCAACAUGGGGGACCUGCGCAACUGUCCUAGUAACUGCGGGGAGGUGCUGCGUAUCCGCCGGGUGCUCAUGAACUCACCGGAGAUCGUGUCCAUCGGGCUGGUGUGGGAUUCGGACCACUCUGACCUCGCGGAGGACGUCAUACACAGCCUGGGAACCUGCCUGCGCCUGGGAGAUUUGUUCUACCGUGUGACAGAGGAGAGGGCUCGCCAGGCGGAGCUCUACUUGGUGGGCAUGGUGUGCUACUACGGCAAGCACUACUCCACCUUCUUCUUCCAGACCAAGAUACGCAAGUGGAUGUACUUCGACGACGCCCACGUCAAAGAGAUCGGCCCUAAGUGGAAGGACGUAGUGUCUCGCUGUAUCAAAGGCCACUAUCAGCCCCUGCUGCUGCUCUACGCUGACCCCCGUGGGACGCCGGUGAUACUGCAGGAGAGCCCCAACCCCUGUUCCAGCUCCAACCCGCAGCUGGAGCUCCAGCACUGCAGCAGCAAGGCCGGCUACGACAGCGAAGACUCUGGCCGCGAGCCGUCCAUAUCCAGCGACACCCGCACCGACUCGUCCACGGACAGCUCCAGCCACCGCGCCUCCCGCAGCCGGCCCCUCCACCAGUCCACCGGCAGCCACCUCUCCAGCGAGUCCCAGACCACGGUGGUCUGCAACUACGACAUCGGCACGCCGCCACUCGGUGCCGACGCUGGAGAGUCAGCAGUGGAGGGUCCUCCUCGCCCUCCCUCUCCUCCCCUGCAGGAGUACAAGGAGACGGCCGUCUUCCUCCUCUCCUCCCGCCGGCCUCUCACCUCCUCGUCCUCUUCCUCUCGUCCCCUCUCGUCCUCCUCCUCGUCGGGAGUCGGGGGCUGCGAGGGCGGGGUCGGAGGCCCCCACUGGGAGGAUGAGAGCACCAGCAGCGAGAGCAAGUCCAGUUCUUCAGGAGGCCGUUAUCGGCCCACCUGGAGGCCCAGGAGAGAGGCCCUGAACAUCGACAGCAUCUUCACCCGACAGAGAGGCUCCUCUUUGGGCUACAGCACCCUUCCCGGCCCCCCCCCUCCCCCCGGAGCUCCAGGACUUCCCCCCGGCGGCCGGACCGGCCCCGCAGCCAGGGCCUCCGGAGGCGGACGGGCGGGAGGGGGGGAUUCGGAGUCGGGGUUCGGGCUGGUCGGGCAGCCCCGGUCUGUGGGCGGUGGCCGGACCAUGGGUCCCCCCGCCCCUCCACCUCUGAGAGGGGUGGAGCACCAGCCGCGCCUCAUCCAGAGGAUGGAGAGCGGCUACGAGAGCAGCGAGAGGAACAGCAGCAGCCCCGACAGAGAGGUGGGGCAACAGAAGCGAGCGCUCAUGUCGGGUCCUUCGUGGCGCUCGGUGCCCAAGUCAAAGAGCAGCAGUGCCAUCCUGCAGGAGCUGCCCUCACCCAGCUGGGGCGGCGGCGGCGGCGGCGGCACCAACACAGGCUCAGGUCGCAGCGAGCUGGACGAGCUGCAGGAGGAGGUGGCGAGGAGAGCCCGCCAGCAGGAGCAGCAGAAGCGGAGAGAGGCGGAGCGGGAGGCGGCCAUGGGAUUCAACCCCAAACCCAGCAAAUUCAUGGACCUGGACCAGCUCCAACACCAGGCUGUGCUCAGACCCCUGCAUGAGGCUAACGCUCAUAGCGGAUUGGCUGUAGCUGCGUGCAUGAGGAGCACUGGGGGCCCAAUCAAACGCAGGCAGGAUCAGGAAAUGGAACGGGAGACAGCAGGCGCCCGCCCACAGGGGCCUCGCAGUGAACAGCCUGGCCCGGUCCAAGUACUGCUGACGCCCAAUCAGGAGGAGGAAGAGGACCCGGCGCCGCCCAGCCAGGACGCUGCCCUGGGCCAGGCCCCGCCCCCUCCGCCGUACCGGCCCGCUCCCCCUCGACCCUCGCUCACCCUCAGCAUCGCUCACCCCUGCGCCCCUUCCGGCCAGAGGGAGGAGGAGGGCGGGCGCGCGGGGAGGAGAGGGGAGGACGGCGAGGACGGGCGCGAGGGGACGGGGGUGAGGCUGUGUGAGCUGCUGCAGGCCGGGGGGGUGAGUGUCAGACCCCUGGGGAAGCACUUAGCCAUCUCUCUGCCCUCACUUCCUCUGCGUCUCUGGGAUACACAUACCGCACACACCUCACGCCCCACACACCUCGAAACCACGGACACGCACCCUCCCCCGCCACCCUCCACUCCUCCUCCUCCUCCUCCUCCUCCAUCUUCAUCCCUGGAAGCUUCCGGGCAGAGCAGGCCUCAUCCGCCGCUUUGGCAGCCGCCGCAGCCCCCGCGGCCCCCCUCUCCACCCAGCGCCGGCCAGCACUGGCCGAGACACGCCGCCGCCGCCGCCGCCGGAGGCACCCGCCACUGGUCCUCCUGGAGUUUGGACCGGCCCGACGCGGUGGUGACGCCGUACAACACGCCCCCGGACCGCUGCGUUCCCAUCCGGCCGCAGACGUCCGGUCAGAGCUACAGCUACAGUUGCCAGUCCUCCCCGGGGCACUACGGCUCCCAGCAUGCCCCGGGGCGGCACGGCGACCCCUGCUGCGACCACGACGAGGCCGAGCUGUCCGAGCUUGACACCCUUUACCAGGCCAGCCUGCUGGCUGGAAAACCAGGCUGCAGCCCAUCGGAGAGGCUCAUAUCCAGGGUGGGAGGGCAGGCUCGCUCCAAGACCCCCAACGCAGACAUGGAGAGGAGUGUGUACGGGGCGGACUGCACCAGCACCCCCACCUACCUCAACAAGCCAAUGACGUUGCGGGACGCGCGUUUGGGGGCGGGGCCUGACGAGGAGGAGAACCUGAGGCGAAUCGGACGCAGCCUGAGCGGCACGGUGGUGACCUCGCGCCGCAGCCGCCUGACUGCUACCCGCAGCUUUGAGCUGUCGGGCGGGGCAGGAAGCUUCUGGCUGUGUCUGACGGGGGUCAAGCUGCCGUCGGACCGGAGUCCUGCUCUGUUCCACUGAUAUCCGACCCGACCUCCGCGUGGGGCGGCGGCGGCGCCAGCAGGUCCUGAACCACCUUCGCCUACACGGACCUGCUUUCGGCUCAGGAGGAUCGACUCCUAUUCUGCUCCUCUUCCUCCUCCUCCUCCUCCUCCUCCUCCUCCUCCUCCUCCUCCUCUCUCAAAACAACAUGCACACGCAAACACAUGCACGCACACACGCACAUCUGCACCGACGUAGAGCCUCCCUCAGCGCCUGCAGCACCCUGCUUCGCCCCUCUUGGCCUUCCUCCCUCCUCCCUCCUCCCUUCCACCUACUAUUCUGUCUAUGCAGUCACUCUGACCCCCCAACUACAACCUCAACCUCCCCCCCCCCCCCCCCCCCACCCCCCACCCCACUCCCCGGGACUGUUGUUUCUCGUCUCCCCUCUGGGGUUUUUUUUCCCGAGGGUUUCCCCUCUUCGAGCUCCCGACAGACUCGCCGGACCCUCGACCCCGGGGGGGGAGACCAACCAAGUAGCCACGCCUCUUCCUCCUUCUUCACGGGCAUUUCCUGUUGGACGCACACGUAGCUGAACUGUUUCAGAAGGACAGCCAUAUUUUGUUUUUUCUUUUUCUGGUUUUCUUUUUCGCGUUUCUCGGGUUCGGUUGUGUUUCCCCUCCUGUGUGUGCGCACAGUAAAUCCGCCGAGACUGAACUCUAAUAACUAAAAGUCAUGUACAGAAACUCAUGUAUGAAAAACCUGUAUGUUAAUUAAUAAGACCUUAUGGAAUGUUGAUAACGAUCAUUAACGAAUAUUGAUAAACUAAAAGUGGUACUUCCUCAUGUCUGCAUUUCAAAUAGGAGUGGAGUGCACUUCACAAGUGUCUAGCUGGAGUUUCCGCCCCCCCUCCCUCCCAGCCGCUCGCCGACCUAAUGACAGCUCUCCCGUUUCUACCGGGAGAUUAAACAAGAAAAGCGCUUCCUUCCCCCCCCCCCAGCUUCUUCCCUUCUUCCUUUUCUUUCGGUCCCCUCUUCUAUUCUCGCUCGCUUUCUUUGUUCCAAACAGGAAACGGUAGCACCAGAAAUAGGCCAGCAGGGGAGGAAAGUGGAGACGGAACAGGAGAAUGUAGGUUGAGAAAAAAAAACCCUUCUCUCUUUUGGCUUUAUCAAUGAAAGCAGAUGACUCAAGUGCACUUUGCAAGGUUACUUGGCAGAAGUGCACUUUCCGAAGGCUGUGUGACUGAAGAAGAA